UCUGAUUCCGGAUCAGCGCUGUUGUUUUAACUCGGAAUAUCUGAUCCGGUGUCCGUUCCGCGACUGAAACACAAACACGCGAUUUCCUGCGUCGAGUUUCCCUUUAAGGCGCCGCGCGCUGCCUGGAAUUCACGUCAUUUCGCCGCGAAGCGUCCGGAUCAAUGAGGUUCCGCGCUGCGCGGUGCGUUGCGCUCCUGCGAGCGACGCUUCCAGGAAGGUGUUAACCAUCGCGCUGCCGCAAUGUAGCGCCUGUUUGCGCGUUUACAAACAAGAGCACGGAGAAGUUGAAGUGUUGCGCGCGGGGCGAGGCCAAUGGAUGCGCGAGCGAGUUAAAAAUCGCCAGUGCGUCGCGAGGGGAACAUUAUCCUGGCGCUUUUGCGGCUUUAUUUCACGGAAGAACAAGGGAGAGGAAAGUGGAAACAGAAGAACUUCCUGAAUUUCAACGCGACAUGUCCGAUUCCCCCUCGCAGGUCAUUAUUAAGCAGGAGAGGAGCGCUUUCAGCCCGUCCGCGAGCCCGUUGCCAAAUUCCACUUCCUCUCCCGGCCAUGUCCCGCCCUCAUCGGCUAAUGCCAGGACAGAAGAGGAACCGACCAGACUGCCGGCACACCUGCGGAUGCAGCCGGUGUUCUGGAGCCGUGAGGACGUGUGCCAGUGGCUGCGUUGGGCUGAGAGGGAGUUCGCACUGCGGCCCAUUUCCAGCGGAAGCUUCCAGAUGAACGGCAAAGCUCUGCUGCUGCUCACCAAAGAGGACUUCAGAUACCGCUCUCCGCACUCAGGAGACGUGCUGUACGAGCUCCUGCAGCACAUCCUGAAGCAGAGGAAGCCUCAGUCGUAUUUCCCCGUCGGCUCCUUCCACUCGCUGAACGAGACGCCGCUGCUGCACCACAAACAUGAAGAAACGGUACGCCGGCCGGUGCGCGGUACAGACGCUCUGUCCCUGCAGCCGCCCACCAUCGAGCUGCGGCACCGCUCGCGCUCACCGCAUCAUCACCCGCCGGCCCUGCGCUCGCAUCCCGCCUCGGCCGAGGACCUCCAGCUGGCGUCCGCACAGCUGCCCGACAGCAACCACCACCUGCCGGACGACAUGUACCCGCUGUCCGUGUCUCCCGCCGCCCCCAACGGCCACUGCGUUCAUCCCCGUGACGCCGCGCGGCCCGCCAGCCCGUGUGCGGAGGAGGCCACGCCCCCGCGCGUCAUCCAGCUCAUGCCCAGCGCCAUCAUGCACCCGCUGCUGCUGAGCCCGGGCCGCGGGCCCACGCCGGCCGACUUCAGGCACAGCCGCGGCACGCCUCAGGAGAACGGGCGCGAGGGCAAAGGUCAGCAGCAGAGCGCCGUCCACUACGCGCCUCACGGCUUGAACCUCGCGGCUCACCAGCUCCCCCUGCAGGACGAGCGACACUACCGCAACCAGAUCAUCAUGCCUGUCUCGCCACCCGAGGAACAGGCCACGCCCAUGGGACGCAUCGCAGACUGCAGGCUCCUGUGGGAUUACGUCUAUCAGCUGCUGUCGGACAGUCGCUACGAGAACUACAUCCGCUGGGAGGACCGCGAUACCAAAGUCUUCCGGAUCAUGGACCCCAACGGCCUGGCCCGCCUGUGGGGAAACCAUAAGAACAGGACCAAUAUGACGUAUGAGAAGAUGUCGCGAGCGCUGAGACACUACUACAAACUCAACAUCAUCCGGAAGGAGCCGGGACAGAGACUGCUGUUCAGGUUCAUGAAAACCCCAGACGAGAUCAUGAGCGGACAGACGGAUCGUCUGGAGCACCUGGAGUCGGACACAGACGAACAGAUCUACGUGAAGGAGGAAUGCUGAGCGCCGCGUGAACUUCUCAAGCCGAAGAUGCCUCGGUCCGUCUGACCUCUGAACUCUGUAUCGUCACGACGAUCUCACACUGCACUGCUCUCGGUCCAAACCUGAUCUUACUCUGUUUUCUAGUCUUGUACUUCAACUUCAGCAAACUUCACGGUGACAAUCAUUUUAAUGACAAACGAUGCUCUUUUUUGCAAAUCAGAUCUAGAAAUUGUUGGUGCAGCUUUUUAAUUCUCUUUGGUAAGUAUAUUGUACGAAGACCUGUUGCGAUUUGUAUAAACGUGGGAUUACUAGAAUGCUGGUGAAAAUGUGAUUCAAUUCUACAAUAAAUUUUACUGAGUGACACAA